AUGGAGAAGUACGAGACGGUGCGGGACAUCGGGUCCGGCAACUUCGGGGUGGCGCGGCUGAUGCGCAACCGCGAGACCCGCGACCUCGUCGCCGUCAAGUGCAUCGAGCGCGGCCACCGGAUUGACGAGAAUGUCUACAGGGAGAUCAUCAACCACCGCUCGCUGCGCCACCCCAACAUAAUUCGCUUCAAGGAGGUUAUACUGACGCCAACGCAUCUUAUGAUUGUCAUGGAGUUCGCAGCAGGUGGGGAGCUAUUCGAGCGAAUCUGUGAUCGCGGGCGGUUCAGUGAGGACGAGGCCAGGUAUUUCUUUCAGCAGUUGAUCUGUGGUGUGAGCUACUGCCAUCACAUGCAAAUAUGCCAUAGAGAUUUGAAGCUGGAGAAUGUUCUCCUGGAUGGCAGCGCAGCUCCACGGCUCAAGAUAUGUGAUUUUGGGUACUCCAAGUCUUCAGUAUUGCAUUCAAGGCCCAAAUCAGCGGUGGGGACGCCAGCAUAUAUUGCACCGGAGGUGCUAUCCCGCCGCGAGUAUGAUGGAAAGCUUGCAGAUGUAUGGUCUUGUGGGGUGACUCUUUAUGUCAUGCUUGUGGGAGCCUACCCAUUUGAAGAUCAGGAUGACCCCAAGAAUAUACGCAAGACUAUUCAGAGAAUAAUGUCCGUGCAAUAUAAUAUACCAGAUCAUGUUCACAUAUCCACGGAAUGCAGACAGCUUAUGGCUCGUAUCUUCGUUAACAGUCCAGGAAGGAGAAUCACAAUGAAGGAGAUAAAGAGCCAUCCAUGGUUCUUGAGGAACCUGCCAAGGGAGCUCACAGAGGCGAUGCAAGCCAUGUACUACAGGAGGGAUAAUACUGUUCCUUCCUUUUCAGAACAGACUUCAGAAGAAAUCAUGAAGAUUGUCCAAGAAGCAAGGACUAUGCCCAAAUCAUCCAGGCCAUCCUAUGGCUGGGGUGAUGAGGGUUCAGAAGAUGAGGAAGAGAAGCAAGAGGAAGACAGACCAGAAGAGGAGGAAGAAGAGGAUGAUGAAUAUGAUAAGAGGGUCAAAGAGGUUCAUGCCAGUGGAGAGCUCCGCAUGAGCUCGCUACACAUAUGA